CUAAGUUGGACGUUUGACCAGCGAAUUCCGUUCGGCAGCAAUAGCAAGCAUGGCGGACACAGAAACUCAGGUUCCCCCUCAGGGUGAGGAGGCAGCGGCUCCUGCACAGCGUCCUGGAAAGAAGGGGAAGUACCGCAGGGACAAACCCUGGGAUACCGACGACAUUGACCACUGGAAGAUUGUGGAGAUCAAGCCGUCCGAUGUCAGUGGCCCCUUCUUGGAGGAAUCGUCGUUUGCGACUCUGUUUCCCAAGUACAGGGAGACCUACCUUCGGGAAGCAUGGCCUAUGGUCACAAGCGCCCUGGAUGCGGUGGGUGUAGCAUGUACUCUGGACCUCAUUGAAGGUUCCAUGACCGUCAAAACAACGCGGAAGACGUACGACCCGUACAUUAUCCUGAAAGCCCGUGACUUGAUCAAACUCCUGGCUCGAUCUGUACCCUACCAACAAGCUAUCAAAAUCUUGCAAGACAACGUAGCAAGCGAUAUUAUCAAAAUCGGCAACUUGUUGCGGAAUAAGGAUCGAUUCGUAAAGCGUCGUCAACGACUUAUUGGCCCGAACGGAAACACAUUAAAAGCGAUCGAACUUUUGACGAACUGCUACGUUAUGGUUCAGGGUAACACCGUUAGUUGCAUGGGACCCCAUAAGGGACUAAAGGAUGUCAGGAGGAUUGUGAUUGACUGCAUGAAGAACGUUCAUCCCAUCUACCACAUCAAGGAAUUGAUGAUUAAGCGCGAACUCGCAAAGGACCCGAAAUUAGCAACUGAAUCGUGGGAUCGCUUCCUGCCGCACUUCCGAAAGACUGGAUCUGCAAACAAAGCCCCGAAACCGAAGAAGACAGGCCCCAAGCCGGUCAAGAAGGAGAAGACCUUGUUCCCGCCUUUGCCCGUGCCGCGAAAAGAAGAUCUGGCCAUCGAAUCUGGAGAAUACUUCUUGUCAAAGACACAACGGGACGCCGCCAAGCUUGCAAAGAAGAAAGAGGUUCAGGCAGAGAACAGCGCAAAACGACAAGCAGAAAGGCAGCAGGCGUUCGUUGCGCCUCCUGAAAAGGUGGAGAAAUCGAAAAAGCGGGCACGUGAAGGCGAGGACGAGUCAUCUGGGAGGUCAAUCGAGGACCUCAAGAAGAAGUUCAUGGAUCAGGCCGCUGAAAAGAAACGCAAAUCGGAAUCGGCCAAAACAGGGGACGCCUCUGAUUUCAUUGCGAAACCCGCGUCAACGGAAAAGCUAUCAAAGAAGAAGGCCCAUGGCGAUGAUGACGGGAGUGUCAAGAAGAAAAAGCAAAAGCGAUCCGAAUGAUACUCGUGACCUCUGUUGGUCGCUGCUCGUGGUCGAUUCUGAGCAAUCUUUCUUGUUUUAGGGAGUCUAAUUUAUGUUUGUAGAUUGGGCAAUUGCAGCGAUAGUUAACAGUAGAUGUUUCUGGCGUAAUUAGAGCGGAAGCCCAUAAAUGCACUGUGCGAAGCGUCGUAUUUGCGAGCCGAAGGACGCGCCAACCUCAUCAUGACAUGUUCAAAUUCA